AUGAAAGUUUAUUACCAAAGAAUCAAUUUUUCAUUUGAAGCUAAAAUUUUGCUAAUUUUGAUUGUAUUUCUUGCAUUUAUUGUACUUUUUAUCGUUCUGCUUAUCAUAUCUUCGAGACAACGAUUUGAGCGGCAAGUUACGCUUAAUAAGCGUAAUUCAAGCGCAAAAUCGGACGCAGUCAUUUCGGGUCAGUACUUCAGACUGCCUACAACUAUUCGUCCCAUAUAUUAUGACUUAAAAUUACAAAUCUUUCUUCCGUACACGGAGAAUUUAGAUUUCGGUGAAAAAAAUUUUACGACCGAAGCAAGUGUGAUGAUUCGGAUUAGUUGUUCACAUGCAACAGAUAGAAUUGUACUGAAUGCUAAGAAGUUAAAAAUUGACAAAAAUGAGAUAAGAGUGCUCCGAGAAAACGAUAAUAGCUCGAUCUCAGUGCUGAGCAUUGACCGUUAUCAGCAUGGAGUGAGUGAUAUUCAUGUGAUCGAGAUAAGAUUGAAACAAAUGCUUAAGUCUGCUCUCAAUUACGUAGUUUACAUCAAUUAUCGAGGAAUCAUCAGUGAUGUAUGGUCUGGGGGUCUUUAUAAAACUGAAUACGAUUUUAAUGGACAAACCAGGUAA